AUGAAAGCAAACUUUGCUCAACACCUGUCUAUAUAUAUUGCAGGUUUCAGUGGCUGCCCAGCUGAUCCGUUCGCUCUGUUGUCUGGGAAGAAAGAAGUGUCACAGAUCAUGGCUCCCUGGCCUGAGGUGGAAAAACCUGAAACCAAUAACUAUAUUGGGGAUUCUUCCAAACAAAACCAGAACAUGGCUGGGAAAGAAGGAGAAAAUCACAAAGGCAACGUGGCUUCACUUGGAAAUAAAGGGGAAAUUCAACCUGCGUUUUCCACAAUAGCCUUGAUAGAUGAGACAAGGCCAGAAGAAAGCGACCCAUGGGCUCUGCCAGAACUGCAGGACACUGGGGUCAAGUGGUCAGAACUGGAUAGAAAAGGAAAAAUCAUUCGUGUACUCUACGGGAUAGGGAAGUUUAUUAUGCUACUUGGAUUACUCUACUUGUUCGUGUGUUCUCUGGAUGUACUGAGCUCUGCUUUUCAACUGGUAGGAGGUAAAGCAGCAGGAGACAUUUUUAAAGAUGAUUCAGUGCUGUCUAAUCCUGUUGCGGGAUUGGUGAUUGGAGUUCUGGUGACUGUUAUGGUCCAGAGCUCCAGCACUUCUUCAUCCAUUGUGGUCAGCAUGGUGUCCUCCACACUGCUGACUGUUCAAUCAGCUAUCCCUAUCAUAAUGGGGGCAAACAUUGGCACCUCAGUUACAAACACAAUUGUGGCACUCAUGCAAGCUGGGGACAGGAAUGAGUUUAGAAGGGCCUUUGCUGGGGCAACAAUCCAUGAUUUCUUCAACUGGCUUGCUGUGUUUGCGCUGUUGCCCAUUGAAGUUAUUUCUGGCUAUCUUUACCAUCUCACCAAUGCUAUAGUUGAGUCCUUUCAUCUUGAAAGUGGUGAGGAUGCCCCUGAGCUACUAAAAGUUAUCACCGACCCCUUUACAAAGCUCAUCAUUGAGCUUGAUAAAUCAGUAAUAAAUGCAAUUGCUACGAAUGAUGAAUCAGCAAAAAACAAAAGCCUGGUAAAGAUUUGGUGUGUAACUGAAAGCAACGUGACACUGCAGAAUGUCACAAUUCCACCUUCAGAAAACUGCACAUCUCCUGAUCUUUGCUGGACUGAAGGAAACACGACAUGGACCCUCAAGAAUGUAACUGAAACAGAAUAUAUCAGUAAAUGCCGGCAUCUCUUUGCAGAUGCGGACCUGCCUGAUCUUGCCAUCGGUCUCAUCCUUCUGGCUUUGUCCCUGCUUGUUCUGUGUUCCUGUUUGGUGAUGAUCGUUAAGCUGUUAAACUCUGUGCUUAAAGGACAAGUGGCGAGUGUUAUCAAGAAGACAAUCAACACUGAUUUCCCAUUUCCUUUUACUUGGCUAGCUGGAUACCUGGCUAUGCUUGCAGGGGCUGGUAUGACCUUUGUUGUCCAAAGUAGUUCUGUUUUCACAUCUGCUAUUACACCCCUUGUCGGCAUUGGUGUUAUAAGCAUUGAGCGUUCUUAUCCUCUAACCUUAGGAGCUAACAUUGGCACAACCACAACAGCUAUACUUGCAGCUUUAGCAAGUCCAGGGAGUACAUUAAAAUAUUCAUUACAGAUUGCCUUGUGCCACUUUUUCUUCAAUGUCUCUGGGAUUAUUCUGUUUUACCCGCUACCUUUUACCCGACUGCCAAUCCGCAUGUGCAAGACCUUGGGAAACAUAACAGCCAAGUACAGAUGGUUUGCUAUAUUUUAUCUUCUCGUCUGCUUCUUUCUUUUGCCUUUGUUUGUAUUUGGUCUGUCACUGGCAGGCUGGCCAGUUCUUUUGGGUGUUUGCCUUCCCCUGUUUGCUCUUUUUAUUGCCGUGAUUGUAAUUAAUGUUAUGCAGAAGAAGCGACCACAUUCACUGCCUGAGAAGCUCCAAAAUUGGGAUUUCCUACCCAUCUGGAUGCACUCCCUAGAGCCCUGGGACAAUAUGAUUAUGUCUUCGCUCGCCUUUUGUGGGAAACACUGCUGCGGCUUCUGCAAGUGCUGCAAAGUCAAUGCAGAACAGGAGGGUGCCAAAGACAAGCAGCUAAAAACUAUGGAGGUUUAUGAAAACACCAUUGCGAUGGCUGAUGAAGAAAGAGGUGGAAGAAGGGCACCAGCUGCAGCUUGUGUUGAAAAAACAGGCACAAACAACACAGCCUUAUAGUAGCAGAUCAACCCAUAUUAUCAGGGAUACAACAUAGGACAGUCAGGCUCUUGAAAACCACCUUGGACAAUGCACUGAGGACACAGUGAACAUUUUGUUAGGUUCCUGCAGCCACUGAUGUAUCACUCAUCAAGGAAUGGAGUCAAACAAGCUUGACAG